AUGUCGUCGUCGAAAAACCCUAUAGAAAUUUCAAUUCAGUCUGCAGUCCUUUCCUUUCUCUUAUCCACUCUGCGCCGGUGGCUACGCCCAUUCCAUCGUGCGCCGGCUGCCGCCGUGCCUCGCGCGGGAGGAUGGAGUCGCUCGCCGGGAGGAUGGACAGCGCGGAGAAGCGCUCUUGCGCCCGAGCUCCUGUGCCCGCGCCUCGCGCCUCCUUGCACCGCUCCGGCGGCCACUCGCCACCCACUGUCGCCGGCGACCACAAGCAGCGACCGUCACACCUCUACGCGCGCCACCCCGAGGCCCCAGCCACGCCGCGCUGCCGUCCUCCGCAACCCCAGCCUCCUCCUCGACCUCGCCUCUCCGUGCGAACAAACGGCGUCGCUGCCGGCGGCCACCGUACUUGAGCUGACGGGCGCCGACCGCACGGGGCUCAUCUCCGAGGUGUUCGCCGUGCUGGCCGACAUGAGCUGCAACGUCGUCGAUGCCAGGGCGUGGUCGCAUUGCGGCCGCCUCUCCUGCCUCGUCUACCUGCGGGACGAGGAUGUUUCCGCCGCCGGUGUGGAGCGCAUCGAGGCCCGCCUCGCCCCCUCCUCCACAGAGACUCGUAAGCCAGCGGCGGCGCAGUGGCUGCCGUCCCCGACGGCUCCAUCCCGCACGCCGACCGGCGCCUCCACCAGCUCAUGUAUCCCAGCGGCGACCAGGAGCUUGCGUUCCCAGCUCCCUCGGUGCCUGUCGAGAGCUGGGCCGAGCGCGGGUACUCGGUGUUCAACGGCCAUUCCACAAUCAUCUCUUGUACAGUGGCUGAGGAAGAUCCAGGAAAGCAAGAGCUGCGCAAGAGGGGGCAGGAUCAGGAAGAAGCACGGUGAUGCAACCUUAGCAGUAGACCAAAUGCGGACAUGUACAUAAGGGGAUCCGAUUACGAUUAGAUGAUGCAGACCGUGUCCUUGUCCAACAAAACUCAAUCGAGUGUUUGACCCGGAUUGUUAUUUUUUUCUAUAAGAAGGAAGAGUACUACGUUGGAAUCUCCAUCACGUUAAUUGUCGACGAAACAUCCAAUGUUUCCGCCGAGUUCGCAGCAGGAAGGAGCUCCGAGUUCGCCAAUGUCUCCUGCGGCGUCUACACCAGAGUUUCAGAUACGAAAGUCAAGAGCGUCAUAGGAGGAAGAAGCUCCGAGUUUGUCGGAGGUACACAAACAUCCGUCCAGCACUCCAAUGUCGCCUACGGCGUCUACACCAGAGGUAUGCUUCCACUUGACCCCUGUUAACAAGCGCCGUGAGCAGAGUAGACACCGGCCAAGUCCAACAUUUGAUUUAGCCAUGUACGCACAGAGUGUCAAUCAUCAUCCAAAUCCAUACAUUGCGUUAAUUUUCAGACCCUCUAGGCGAUGCUUUUUCAUGUCUAGAAUUGACCCUCGAGGUGAUGCUUUUUCAUGUGUAGAAUUCAGCAUGUUAGGCAAGAGUGUCAAUCAAUCUACUAUAAUAUCAGACAUGAGAGACCAGUCCAAUUUUUCUUCACUACCUCAGAAUAAGGAAGCUCAAGUCUGUAGUAGCAGGACUCAUAAGAAAAUGCAUUGGCACACACACACACACACACACACACACACACACACACACACAUAUAGUAGAAUCUGAAUCUGUUAAUCUAUUAAAAGAUAAGGAAUCUACUUGAAAGAUAAUGACAAGAGAGACCAGUCCAAUUUUUCUUGUAAAGUGCAUGUUGUUUAAACUCUUAAAUGUUCAUGUCUACCUCUGUUUCUUUCUCAUUGAGUUUUGGUACAUUUGGUAUUGUUCGAUAUGCUAUCUAAUAUAGUGUGUGGCCCCACUUCAGUUGUUCAAUUAUUUUUCACUUAGCAGCGGGAGAUUGAUGGACCAAUUAUGCCAGUAAUGUCCUUAAUUUCAGAGAAGAUGCAAAACAGAUAACAUGGAUGCGCUUGAAUACUUGCCGGUAGUGUAGCUUUCUGCUAGACCAUAUAUUCUGCCAGGAGAAGUUUCAGUGACCAAUGGAAGCUUUGAUGUAUUUUUUUCAAGCAGAAGUAAUCGUCUAUUACCCAUGUCAGGUUUCGACUCAAAUUGUGGUGCUUCUGUUGGCAUUCCUUAUCUUUUAUGCCUGAUGUGAGUCUUAGUGCUAAUUAGAACUAUUUUUUCCAAAUGGUAAAUCUACCUUUUCCCCAUCAUGUGACUUAAAGCUAAUCUAUUCAUGGUUAGUUUUCCUUCCUCUACAAAGGUCAUCUGUUCCGGUACAGUUUUUCUUCGCUUUCUUUUACUGUAACAUAGACCAUGCUCACAUGGUCGCAAAUUGUAAAUAGAGAUGGAAACGUGCAUACAGAUCUCUCAAGCAUGCAAUAUUUUUCCAGGGUGACAA